AUGACAGACUUAAUAGGCCUCACCAAGACGCUCGAGUCGGGGCGCACGCUCCUCGGCACGGGGUGGAAGACGGUCGAGUCGUUUGACGAUAUCGACGACGAUGAGUACGAGGAGGACGAGGAGGAGUACGUCGUCAUGGACCUCGGCACGGCGAUGGACGGCCGCACGCUGCAGACCGAAGCGGCGUACCAGCUCAUUGGCAUGGACACGUCCAUGCCGUUCCUCAAGGUCGGCGAGCACGUCUUCCAGGGCAAGGUGACGGGGUUAAUAGGCGACGAGGUGCUGUUCGACGUCAUCCGAGGCGGGGAAGACGCCCAGAACGUGCACUACACGCCGAUCCACACGACCCGCAAGCGCAUAGAGUUCAGAGGCAUCACGCUCGCCCCGCGCCCGACGUACCGCGGGCCAGCGGCCGACCCAGUCGUCGUGAUCGAGGAUGUACCGAUCCCGGGGGAGGAGCCGCUCCCUAUGGACGUGGACGAGGAGGAGGCGCCGCUCGAGGCCGUCAAGCCGGAGACCUCGCCAGAGGUCGCGCAGGCUGCGCUGGCGGCGGCGCCGGCGGCGCCGGCUCCACAGCCUGAAGCUGGGCUGUCGCGCCGCGGGAAGGGCAAACCCCGGCGUGGGCGCCCCAUUGGCGUGGCGGCGCGCGCCGCGAUCGAGGUGCGCACGCUGGCUGAUAUCGCCGAUAUCCACUUUGCUGUGACGAUUGCCAAAGACGCGACAAAGGAACUCAUCGACGCCGUGUCCGAGGCGCGCGGGAACAAGCCCUACACGCCCGGCCAGCGCCUCUCCCGCGCGCAGGAGGAGCGCCUGAUCAGACGCCGGCCCGGCACCGGCGCCGGCAGUCGUGGCGGCAAGGCUGGGCGCGGGGGCGCGCGCCUUGGCCAGCCUGUGCCCGGAAGAAAGAGGGGCCCGAAGGGCGGUCCCGGGGUGGACAGCUCCGGCGUCGGCAUGGCCGACGACUUUAUCGGCGGGAUUGAGGGCGGCGGCGAUGGUGUCGGCGAGGGCAGCGGCUGGGCCGGAUAUGAUGACGGCGAUGAGUAUGAGGAGGACGGAGAGGGAGAUGGAGAGGGAGAGGGAGGCGAGGCCCAUGAUGCCGAGGACGGCGCCGAGGGCGAGGAUGGCGACCACGAGUAG